AGAGAACCAGUGUGCGGUACGGAUGCUCUGGGGGUAUCACUCCGGGCAAGGGUGGGUUGGUAUUGAUCGGCAUGGUCGAUGUCGGAGAAUUCAGUGGGGACGAGGUUGUCUGUUGGAGACCAGACAUCGUGGGGAGGUUAGGCGGCGGAGAGCGCAGCGUGGCCGGAGGACUGUUGAUGGCUGUCGCGUCGGUUUCGGACCGCGUGUGCGCCAUCGUCGUAGCUGAACAAGACAGGCAAGGGGAGGGGGGGAGGGUAUCCUGGGCGUAGAUGAGAAGACUUGUCCACUUUGCUAUUUCAGUCUGCGCAGAUCAUGUGCAAGAUGCCGACUGGGACGUGGAAGCGACCUAGGAGCCGAGAACGGGCGGAGUAAAUGCGGUGACGGGGGGCACGAAGGUGGGCGGAAAGACACGGAUGGGAAUAUGCAUGUGAGAUGGACAAGAGAUGGAUUGCGAGGACCAUUACAAACACAUGCAAGAAGACGUGUGACGGAAGGAGUCGUGAUUGACGUGGGAUCGGUCACAUGUCACUAGAAGUUUAGCUGCUCCUAGCUCCCAUCUCUGAGCGCCACAGGCGUUAUGGCCCCCCCGGAAUCCACACUUCCCGGAUCCCCUCGUUAAUUGAGGCAAACUAUCAGCAUCCUUUCACCUCUCAGAGAUCGAGACAAGGAGAACGCACGGAAUUUCUGCCAAUCUUGAAUAACAAGCGAAUGAAAUGGGGUGCUCGGUUAGACAGGAUGAAUGAUCACAGAAUCAGUUUGUGAGUCUGGCCGGCCGAGGCCGGCCCGCCAGUGAUCGAUAUGCACCCGUUCGUGGUCUACUGCCUCGGAUGCAGAAUACGGGAGGGCGAAGGCUCCAACUCGCAGUCGGGUUGCGGCCUAGUGGGACUCGGCAAUUGAGACGCGUAUAGACCCCAAUUUUGAGCGAGACCCGAAUCGGCCCCGGAUAACUAUGGGUAUGUGCUUGAAUAGACCCUGUCACUUCAUGCCGCUUCGAACUGACGCUCCCAUGCUUCACGUCCCGUACCUGGAUCACUCUAGUCGUCCACGGAGGAGAAAAGGUGUCGUACAGCGGCGCAAAGCAGGCGAAUUAUGUGUAUCGUUACCACACAGAGCUUGAUUUCCGUGUCCAGAUCAGGCAGCCCUAAUUCGUACCCAUCUGCAUUAUUGGUGCUCGCCAUGGCCACCCCGACGGCUGCUAAACCUGCUCCUGCACCGAGCAUCACUCCGCUGCAAGUCUUCCAGCUUGGCGCAGAUGCGGAAUUCUUGGCCAAGCGAGCCCUGCCUAUCGCACCUGACGGCGAGUACGACUGGGAAGACCAGGCAGAUGCCAGCAACAGUCCCUCUGGUCAUGCUGGGGUGACCAACGUCAUCAACGCUAUCGAGAAGGUUAAAGCGAAGGGCGCCCUCGAAAUGGACCCCAAAGUCGUCGGUGCCUUCCUCGACCAGGCGCUUCACCCACACGCGAUUGAUGACAGGAAGGGCGCUCUUGGCGAUGGCCUGAGCCUCCUGUCCCGACUGCCGCCGACGUCUGACGUGGCCAAAGAGAUGUCCGACAGCGCGAUCGCUAUGUUGUUCAAUACCAUCCCUCACCCUCCGGCCGCACUCCUCGGUCCAGUGCACUCCUUCCGCACCGCGGACGGAGGCGGAAAUAACCUGCAGAUUCCGCAGCUCGGCCAAGCUGGCCAACCCUACGCACGCAGUGUGCAGGGCAAGUGGUGCAAUGCCCCGACGUCGCUGCCGGAUCCGGGCAUCAUAUUUGACACGCUGCUGAAGGCCCGCGAUCGCGUCGAUCACACGGGUGGGAACUCGAGCUUUACGUUUGCAUUUGCGACGAUCGUCAUCCAUUCGCUGUUCCGGACGAACUUGAGGGACUGGAACGUCAACGACACAUCUUCCUACCUCGACUUGAGUCCGCUCUAUGGAAUCAAUCAGGAAACUCAGGAUGCCGUUCGAGAUAAAGCCCAAGGCCGCGGUCUUCUGUAUCCGGACACAUUUUCUGAAGAGCGGCUUAUCUUCCUUCCCCCUGCGGCGAGUGCGAUCUUGGUCAUCCUCAGCCGAAAUCACAAUUAUGUGGCGGACAUGCUGCUGAAAAUCAACGAACGAGGCCGCUGGACUGAUCCGCCCCCCUCUGAUCCCGCUGCUCUCGCGAAGCAGGACGAGGAAAUCUUCCAGACUGCCCGUCUCGUCAACUGUGGCCACUUCAUGGGCCUGAUUAUGUCGGACUACGUUGCCGGUUUCCUCGGCAUGUCCGAAGGCAACGCCUGGUCGCUCGACCCGUUCGACCCGAUCACCGUCAAAGGCACACCGCUCGAGCGCGGACAGGGCAACCACGUCAGCGUAGAAUUCAACGUCCUGUACCGGUGGCACCCGACGCUCUCUGCCGCUGACGAGAAGUGGACGGCCGACGUCUUCAAUCGUGCGUUCAACAACAAGCCGUUCGAUCAGAUCAGCAUGCAGGACUUUGGCGCCGUGUUCGGCAAGACGUUCGCGACCAUCAACCCUGAUCCGAGCAAGCGAGAGUUCGGCGGCAUCUCACGUGGGGCUGAUGGCAAAUUCUCCGACGACGACAUCGCACGCAUCCUGCUCGAUGCCACCGAGUCGCCUGCCGGCGCAUACCGCGCGCGCGGCACACCCGAGUGUCUUCGCGUCAUCGAGAUUCUCGGCAUCCAGCAAGCGCGGCAGUGGGGCGUCUGCACGAUGAACGAGUUCCGCGAGUUCCUGGGCCUGAAGCAGUUUGCGAGCUUCGAGGAGUGGAACAGCGACCCCGAGAUCAGCUCUGCGGCCCGGAGGCUGUAUGGCCAUAUCGACAAUCUGGAGUUGUAUACUGGUUUGCAGUGCGAGGAUACGAUGCCUUUGUCUUCAGGGCUCCGGUUCGCAGCUGGGUAUACGAUGACCCGGGCCGUGCUAGGCGACGCGAUUGCGCUCGUUCGCGGCGACCGCUUCAACACCACCGACUUCACGCGCAAGUCGACUUCUCAAACACUUUCCAGAUCGCUCAUCCACUCUCACAGCGGCGAAUUUGACAACAUGGGGAUUCCAAGACUGGGGGAGAGAGUAAGACCAUCCGAUCUCUCUCGUUUGGAGUCUCAUGUAUCCCCAGUGCCCAAACUUCUCAUGCGACACUUGCCUCGCCAUUACCCCUACAACUCCACCUACGGCUGCUUCCCCUUCUUUACGCCGCAAAAGAUGCAGAACAGCCUCACCAAGCAAGGUCUCGCCGGGCAGUACACCUUCACCCGCCCCGUCGCAACGCCUGUCGUAAAAGUGCUCAACACCUUCACCGGGAUCAAAACCGUGUUCAGCGACCCCGCGCGCUUCAAGACGGUGUACGAGAUGAGCCCUCUCGGGAACGGCUACGGUUUCCUGUUAGCGUUCGACACCCCACAAAAACACGACCCCGAUCUGGCUCUGGCCCUGCACGCGAUCUUCCCGACCGAAUCGGCGCUGAGCGGCUACCGUGUGUGGUACCGCGACAUGACGACGCAGUUCAUCAAGCAACGCUCGUGGAAGUACGACGGCGUUGCCGGCAACUACGUCGACAUCGUGAAACAGGUUAUCAACUCCACGUCGGUGCAUUGGGCUGCUGACCGCAUGUGCGGUCUUCCCUUGAAGACGCCGCAGAACCCGAGGGGGCUUUACACAGAACAGGAGGUGUACGACAUGUUCGCUCUGCUAUUCCAGCUCACUUUCCUGAGCAUCGGGGACAACGAGCACGGCUUCUCGCUUAGGCACGCUGCGAUCCAGUCGGGCGGAGUGCUCCAAGCGCUAAUCGCCAAGAGCGUGCUCGAAAUCGCUCCGGGUAGCGCACCCAACGCGCUUGUCGGCUUUGUUGCGAACGUCUCCAAGUUCCUGUGGCCCCAGCAGGACAAGCCGUGCUACCCGUUCCUCAGCAAGCUCUCGGACACGGGCAAGCCGAUGAAUGAGCUCGUGGCGAUGGUCGUGGGGCUCGCGAUCGGAUCUUCCGUGAACUAUGCGCAGGCGGCCGUGCACGUCAUCGACUUCUAUCUGGACGACGCGCAUGCGGCUGAGCGCGCGAAGAUCUUGCAGCUUGCGCAGAGCGAUGACCCGGCCUCGACCACACUACUGAGAGGAUAUGUCGCGGAAGCGAUGCGUCUAAACCCGCAGUACACCGGUCUCUGGCGUACCUCGGUCGUCGACGCUGAGAUCCCGCAGGGCUCCGGGCUGCCCCCCAUGAGCCUCAAAGCGGGCGACCGCAUCUGGGCCAGUUUCCGGAACGCCAACCUGAACCCGGACGACUUCCCGAACCCCACGUCCGUCGACCCGACGCGCCCCAGCUCGGCGUAUUCCCUGAACGGCGCCGGCUUCCACGCGUGCCCCGGUGUGACGUACGCCGAGCAGACGAUCGCGGAGAUCGUUCGCGUCAUAUUCAAGCUGAAGAAUGUCCGCCGCGCCGCGGGCGAUCCGGGCAAGCUGGCUGGUUUCACGCAGGUCAUCAAUGAGACGGAGACGAACGUGUAUUUGACGCCGUGGGGGGGAACGAGCCCCUGGCCCGGAUCCAUGUUCCUCGUGUAUGAUGAUUGAGUGCGCUAGCUAGAUAUGCUAAGCUGUAUUUGGAACCAUUUGAAAAUCGUCCGUGUCUUUCUCUCUACACAAAUUUCAACUUUCGCUUGCCAUUGAGCUAAGAUGAUAAUACAAUCCAUCGUUAAGCAAUUGCAUCUUGACUUAUCUGGCUGCCACUCUGACAAUAUGUUUCUGGGUACAGGAGGACAAAAGAGGUGAGACCCAGGGUGAAGUUGAAAUUUGGAGUGAAAAGCUGGUACAAUCCUAUGUAGUACAGCAAUCAUCAAACUGGAAUCGGAGCAGCGUUGUGCCAAGGUAUUCUCAAGAAGCAAGAAAAUACCAGGAUGAGAUGGAGAUAUCCCCAACCAAUCAUGAUUUGUUGCAGACACAAGACAGCAGAGUCCCAGCAACAAUAUAAUGUUGAAGUGGUUUUGUAUUGGUGAAUAACACAGUGCAUAAACAUGA